CCCCCAGCCGCCGAGCAAAGCGAACGAGUGUCAGUAAGGAAGAAGGAUUUCAACAUGGCGUCCAGUGAUGGAGAUGACUCGCUCUAUCCUAUUGCAGUUCUUAUUGAUGAACUACGAAAUGAAGAUGUACAAUUGAGGCUUAAUUCAAUCAAAAAACUGUCUACCAUAGCUUUGGCUUUAGGUCUGGAGAGAACGAGAAGCGAAUUAAUCCCAUUUCUAACAGACACAAUAUAUGAUGAAGAUGAAGUUUUGUUAGCAUUGGCCGAACAGCUUGGAAGCUUCAUUCCAUUAGUUGGUGGGCCAGAACAUGCACAUUGUUUGCUGCCACCGCUGGAAAAUCUUGCAACUGUAGAGGAGACAGUAGUCAGAGAUAAGGCUGUAGACUCCCUGAGAGUAAUAGCUGGGGAUUUGUCAACACAGGAUUUGGAGAACCAUUAUUUUCCAUUAGUCAAAAGAUUAGCUCAAGGGGACUGGUUCACUCUCAGGACAUCUGCAUGUGGUCUGUUCUCAGUUUGUUAUUCUCGUGUAAAUUCUAACUUAAAGGCAGAACUUAGAGGAAUGUUUAGAAAUCUAUGCAAUGAUGACACUCCUAUGGUUCGACGGGCAGCUGCAGGAAAAAUAGGGGAAUUUGCUAAAGUCAUGGAGUUGGAAUUCAUCAAGUCUGACUUAAUGCCCAUGUUCAACAACCUUGCAUCUGAUGAGCAAGACUCUGUGCGCAUUCUUGCUGUUGAAAACUGUCCACUCAUUGCCUCUACUCUCCCAAAUGAAGAUAAAGAAGCAUUGCUCAUGCCUAUCGUCAAAACAUCAGCAUUCGAUAAGUCAUGGAGGGUGCGCUAUAUGAUAGCAGACAAGUUUACAGAAUUACAAAAAGCAGUUGGUCCAGAGAUUACCCAGAAUGACUUGGUUCUUGCAUUCCAGCUACUACUGAAGGAUUGUGAAGCCGAGGUCAGGGCUGCUGCCGCAGGGAAAGUUAAAGAUUUUUGUGAGGGUUUGUCACCAGAGAUCAGAGAAAAUGUUCUGAUGACCAAUAUUCUUCCUUGUGUAAAGGAUUUAGUAGUUGAUCCAAACCAACAUGUUAAAUCAGCAUUAGCAUCUGUCAUCAUGGGUCUAUCUCCACUUCUAGGAAAAGAUAAUACUAUAGAACAUCUCCUUCCCCUCUUCUUAACCAUGCUUAAAGAUGAGUUUCCUGAAGUUCGUCUCAACAUCAUUUCUAAUUUGGAUUGCGUGAAUCAAGUAAUUGGAGUACACCAACUUUCACAGUCACUACUACCAGCCAUUGUAGAACUAGCAGAGGACACCAAGUGGCGUGUCAGACUUGCUAUCAUAGAAUAUAUGCCACUACUUGCUGGUCAACUGGGUGUGGAAUUCUUUGAUGAGAAACUGAACAAUCUGUGCAUGACUUGGCUCGUUGACCAUGUGUGUGCAAUACGUGAGGCUGCAGCACUAAACCUGAAAAAUCUUGUGGAAAAAUUUGGGACAGAAUGGGCUCAGGCCAAAGUCAUACCAAAAGUACUUGCUAUGGCUAGAGAACCAAACUAUCUUCACCGCCUGACAACACUGCAUUCUGUCAGUGUUCUUGCAGAGGUUUGUGGUCCAGAGAAUGCUGUUAACCUCAUGUUACCAGUUGUCCUCAAUCUAUCAAAGGACACUGUUGCUAACGUUCGCUUCAAUGUUGCUAAAACUCUCCAGAAAAUUGGGCCCCUGAUGGAUGCAUCGACUAUUCAGGGACAGAUCAAGCCGUGUCUGGACAAACUGAAUGCAGAUUCUGAUGUUGAUGUCAAAUAUUUUGCCCAGGAAGCAUUAACAGCAUUCUAGUUCAAUUCAGAAAUGCUGCAAAGAAGAUUCCUCAUGCAGUAAUCCCCUACCAAAACGAAUCUUUUUGUAAGGGAUGUGACUACUCAAGUUAGACAAGUCUUCAACAAGUCUCAUCAAUAUUUCAGAUUCUUGCUGUUCAGAAAAUCAAGCCAAAGUCUCUGUUGUUUAUUGUCUGACUUAGUUUAGUUAGAAAGUUAAUUUACUGGCUGGUAGUAAACAAAGUAAAGUAAUAAUUGCCCCCCCCCCCCCCCCCUCGAAUAUCAAAUAUGUUGUACACUGUUCAAUUCUAAUCCCCCUUUGUCCCUUGGAUAAGUGUCUUACAGCUUUGUUAUCUAUUUUGAAAUUUUACUUUAGUGUUAUUGCAUAUUGUGAAAAUAUGAUUUAAACUAAUAUCUUGUAUACUGUAUGCUGUACAAGACAGUCUACUGUCAUUUUUGAAUCAUAAUGUUUUCAAUGCAAA